GAGCUUCGGCGUAACUCCUCCCGCGUACUGCGGCCUCCCCGCCUGCUGACGUGUGCGCGCCGCACUGGCCCCUGAGCGAGUGAGUGGAGCGCGCCGUGUCUCCCGGGUGGCUGUUCGAGUUAUAACCCGGAGAGGGGCGAGAGGGCUCGGCCGGACCAACCUCGCGUUCCCUCGGGCUGGAAUGUGAUGGGUGUAGGGGGAGCGGCGAUAGGGGCAGCCAUGAGCGGGAGAAAGAAGAAGAGGAGACUGGUGCCAGCGCUGCCGCAAUGGGUCUGUGUUUGUGCUGCGCCCGAAAACAAAUCCCCCGGUGUGUGUCUGGCGCUGCUCCUGUCUGUGCUGCUGCUCCUGCCGCCCGUGUCCGUCUGUACCUUGUGUGAGGCCGGCGGCCCCCGCAGGAGGCGGGACACUCCUUCACUGCUCACAGACCCUUUUAAUUCAUUGAGUCCGCCUGUCGUUACUGAAGAUGACAGGUCCAGCCUGGAGGCCAUUUGUACAAUCCAUAAACAAAUGGAUGAUGAUGAAGAUGGUGGUAUUGAAGUAGAGGAAAGCGAUGAGUUUCUUCGAGAGGACUUGAACUACAAAGAUGCCUCGCAGAAACACAACCAUUUGCACAGAGAAGAUAAGCAUAUCACGGUUGAAGAUCUAUGGGCGCAAUGGAAAACCUCUGAAGUUCACAACUGGACUGAAGAGGAGACGUUGCAGUGGUUGCUGGAGUUUGUAGAGCUUCCUCAGUAUGAGAAGACCUUUAGAGAAAAUUCUGUGAAAGGAACAACUUUGCCCAGGAUAGCCGUCAAUGAGCCCCCAUUAAUGAUCUCGCAUCUUAAAAUUACCGAUCGGAGCCACAGGCAAAAACUUCAGCUGAAAGCGCUGGACGUUGUGCUCUUCGGGCCACCAACAAGACCUCCGCACAACUGGGUAAAAGAUUUUAUUCUGACCAUUUCUAUCGUGAUCGGCGUAGGAGGUUGCUGGUUUGCAUUUACACAGAACAGAACUUCCAAAGAGCACAUAUCGCAGAUGAUGAAGGACUUGGAAGGUCUGCAGAAAGCCGAAUUUAGUCUUCUUGAGCUUCAGGAAAGACUAGAAAAAGCCCAAGAGGAGAACAGAAACGUGGCAGUAGAAAAGCAAAAUCUUGAGCGUAAAAUGAUGGACGAAAUCGGCGAUGCUAAAUGUGAAGCUCAUCGGCUCCGGGAGCUGAGGGAAGGGGCAGAAUGUGAAUUGAGUAGGCUUAAAUAUGCAGAAGAAGAACUAGUACAGGUUCGCAUGGCUCUGAAAAAAGCAGAGAAGGAGUUUGAACUCCGAAGCAACUGGUCUGUUCCUGAAAUUCUGCAAAAAUGGCUUCAAUUAACUCAUGAGGUGGAAGUACAGUACUAUAAUAUAAAGAAACAAAAUGCUGAAAUGCACCUUGCCAUUGCCAAAGAGGAGGCAGAGAAAAUAAAGAAGAAGAGAAGCACAGUGUUUGGGACAUUGCAUGUGGCACAUAGUUCAUCCUUAGAUGAUGUGGACCAUAAAAUCUUGGAAGCAAAGAAAGCACUUUCUGAACUGACAACCUGUUUGAGAGAACGAUUGUAUCGCUGGCAGCAGAUAGAGAAGAUGUGCGGCUUUCCAAUAGUACAUAACUCCGGUUUGCCUAACCUGACUUCCACCUUGUACUCUGACCACAGCUGGGUGGUAAUGCCUAGAGUUUCCAUCCCUCCUUAUCCUAUUGCUGGGGGUGUCGAUGAUCUGGAUGAAGACACGCCUCCAAUUAUUUCCCAGUUUCAUGGAUCUAUCAUAAAAACUCAUGGCACACUUGCAAGAAGCAGCAGCAUGUGCCGUUCUCGAAGGAGUAUCGUUCCCCCGUCUCCCCAGUCCCAGCAUGUGCUUCAGUCGGCCGAUCCUGAUAUCUUAUCCGUGUCCAGCUGUCCAGCUCUUUACCGCACAGAAGAAGAGAACGCCAUUUUUUUCAUUGCUGAAAAGCAGUGGGGAACACAAGACACUGGCUCCGAAUGUGACUCUCUAAGUUCCUCAAUGGGGAGAAGACAGUCGAGCUUUGAGGCGCAGCAGGUAAAUGCAAGAAAAAUCUCAAGAGAAGAAACAUCUUGUGAAGAAUCCUUAUCUGGAGAUUCUUCAUCAGCAGCAGAUGCUUCCAAGGCAUGUCCUGAUGCCCCAGGCCUGUCAGAAAGCCAGAGCAUGGUGUUUAACCCGGCUAGCAAGGUGUACAAUGGUAUUCUAGAGAAAUCCUGCAGCAUGCAGCAACUCUCCAGCAUUUUACCCAACUCUAAGCCGCCCCUUCCUUCUUUCCCUUCCAAUGCAAACGAUAGCAAACCCGUCCAAGAAGUCCACGGAAUUCCUGUCGUCAAGACCACGCCUCACGAGCCGUCCCACAAUGGAGAAAAAAGCAAAAAACAAUCUAAAAUCAAAGUCCUUUUAAAGAAGAUCUCAAAGUAAAAUUUUGAAGGCCAUUCAACUUUAAAACUUGUGUAUUUUUAGGAAUGUAACUCCAUAGGGAGUUUUCAGACUGGGGAUGUUCUAGUGGAAUGCUCCGAAGUUUGUCUACUGGUUUAAAGACUAGUAAAAAAAAAAAACAAAAAAAACAUCAUGAUCAUGCUGUCACUGAAUUGAAUCGAAAAGUGGAUCUGUUUACAGUCACUUGGUCUAUUUAUUUCUGCUUUUAGAGUUUUUACUUAAAAGCCACGUUAGACUUACACACAUGAACAGACUGGUAAGCCUAAGUGGCCUUGCUUAGUACCUUGUUUACUGGAGCAUCUUCUUAUCUUUCCACAGAACGAUGAUAUUUUACCUUCUGGACUAAGUAAAUGAAACAAGAAAGAAGUAAAAAAAAAAAUUGCACUCGUUUUCCUGAUUGGAAAACAUUUUUGCAAGUAAAAUUUGUAAAAUGAGAGAUAGGAGGAAAGGGGGUGGGGGUCUGUUUUCACUUAAAAACCCCAGUCUAUUUUUAAAGUAGAGCCUAGAAUGUGAUUUCCACAAGAAAUUUUCUACGAGAGGAUUAUUUACGUAGAGUUUUGAUAUGAAUGUCCUGCUGGUAAAGCACGUUAUUUUUUUCCAGGGCUUUCACUGUGAUGCGGAAAAUGUCAAUAUCUGGCCUAGCAAGGGGGCCGGCUCUUGAUCCCUUAUGCAAAUGAUGAAGGUGAAAAUGACAGGACAACAAUAAAGCAUCAAAUACUGCAUUAAAUAAAGUAGUAAUGCUUGAAAAUGCUUUGCUUGUCUACUUAUAGCGGCACUAUCUUGAAAAUGUAAUAUUGGCUUCAUCAUACUGAACUAAGAAGUUUUUUAAAUAUAAUCAAUUAAAAAUUCUGUACUGUUUAUCUUCACUAUCCCUCUCUCAGCAUCUGUUUUUCUUCAUUCUGUCUUCAUGCAGGAGUUGGGUGCCAGAUAAUCGACAGUUAGAUCCAAUAUAUCUUAUAGGGGGGCUCCUUUUGCGUUGAAGAUGUAUUUAAGAUCACUAUUAAAAUUACCUGACAUCAUGUCUCUUUACAUGCAGAAUUUGUUCAAAAGGCAGUUAUUUUUUUAGAUUUUGUUUGUACAGGAAUCAGUUAUUUGAAAGAGUUCUAUUACAUCUUCCAAUAUAAAAGGGGGCUUCCUUUCCUAGCAGAUGUAUUAGAGUUCAUUCAAAUAAACAAAAUCUAACAAAAUAACUGCCAUUUGCACAAAUUCUGCAUGUAGAGAGACAGGAUGUCUGGUGAUUUUAAUAGAGUGAGCUCUAAUAUAUCUAGACAAAAGGAGUCCCCCCUAUAAGAGAUAUAGGAUCUAACUCUCAAUGAAUAUCUGACACCCAACUGCUGCAUGAAGAUAGAAUGAUGAGAAACAGAUGCUGAGAGAGGGAUAGUGAAGAUGAACUUGAUUAUUUCAUUAUAUUUCAAAAAUUUAAAUGAUAUUAUUUAGAAAGUUUCUUACUUCAGUAUGCUGAAGCUAAUCUUAAAUUUUCAUUUUCGCCAUAGUUCCCCCUUUAAAACAGGAAUGUCUGGCUUUUUUUGCUAAACUCCAACUCCCAACAUGGCAGCAGUUGUAGCGCAACAAUAGUCAGACAUUCUCGUAGCAACGGUUGGAAUACAUUUUUGUGUAGUUAUUUUGUGCCAGUUUUAAACAAAGGUCAGUUUUUAAAGAUGCAUUUUAUAUUUAUUCUGAAAACGUUUAACCCUUUCAUUCUUCUCUUACUAAUGUACCUGGAGAAAUUGGCCAACUGUCACAUUUUCUUUUGUUCUGAGACAAGCUGUGAGGAAGCAGAUUCAAGCCAUAGCUAAAUGGCAGCCACCGGAUAAUUGUUACACUACUGCCUGCUGUUUCGGAGAGGUGGAACUUUAGAUUUGGGGUUUUUUUUAGCUCCAUAUCCCAUUGCCUUUAGUGUUGGAUCUGUGCAAGUUGUUACACUCGGGCAGAGUUGCGCUUGGUCUUGCCGUUGAAUGUUGCAGGAGGCUACAGGCAGUUUGUCUGUCCAUAUGGAAAGCCAUUCGCAGCGGUGCUUACAAACAUUUAUUUCCAAGCAUUACUUUUUCUUUCGGCGAAAUAAACAGAGUAGAUGAAUGUUUACAGGCAAGGGGUUACUGGAUUUGCUACACUUUGUACUGCAGGAAAAAGAAAAAAGUUGGAGGCUUUUCGUACUUUCUGCUCUGCGGAGUAAAAAAAAACAAAACAAAAACAUACAAUUAAAAGCAUGCAGAUGUGCAAAAAUUACUCUUAUGGUUUAUAUUGUGUAUAAAGUGUUACAGACAACGUGUUUUCACAACUCCUGCAAAUUUGACCCCAUUUGUAUUGUUCAGAUAUACGCCGUAUAUAUAACGCCAAAUCCAUUUGCACUGCCCCUUCCCCAACGCCACAUUUCUUCUUUCUGCCAGAAGUCUUGUACAUGUUGUAUAAUAUACAGAGUCACUUUUAAAAACUACUAAUACUUUUGCUACUACAGACAAGUGCGUCUACCCCUUUCGCCAUUUACGUGUCGUUUUGUUGUUUUGCCUGAUGGAAAAAAAAAAUCUGAAUCACUAUAUUUAGAUCUGUUACAUUUCAGGAUGUUAAAUUUUCCAAUAAACUAAUUUAUUUGGUU